AUGAGGACGCCAGCUCCGGGCCGGGUAGAGGGGUUGCACUGCGGUAAUAUGGCUCUUCCUUAGCCAGCGGCGGUGUCUAGUCCGGGCGCCGAGCUGCCGGGACUCUCUGGUGGUUCGUUUCUAGGCUGCAGGGGCUCGGCGGAUAGCGGCUCCGGAGGCUGCGGCGGAUGCGGGAGGACUGCCCGCCUGGCCGCUCGUCGGCCCCGGGGUCCAGAUGAGCUCCUGUGCUUCGCUCGGGGGCCCGGUGCCCCUGCCACCCCCGGGCCCGUCCGCCGCUCUGCCGACCGGUGCCCCCGCGCGGGCCCUGCAUGUGGAGCUGCCAUCCCAGCAGCGGCGUCUUCGGCAUCUCCGGAACAUUGCUGCUCGGAAUAUCGUCAACAGAAAUGGCCACCAGCUCCUCGAUACCUACUUCACCCUUCAUCUGUGUAAUAAUGAGAAGAUCUGUAAAGAAUUUUAUAGAAGUGAAGUGAUUAAGAAUUCCUUGAAUCCAACGUGGAGGAGUCUUGACUUUGGAAUAAUGCCGGACCGCCUGGAUACAUCUGUGUCUUGCUUUGUGGUGAAGAUUUGGGGUGGAAAGGACGACGCCUACCAGCUGCUGAUAGAGUGGAAAGUCUACCUGGAUGGGCUGAAGUACUUGGGUCAACAGAUUCACGCUCGCAACCAAAACGAAAUCAUUUUUGGGCUGAACGACGGCUACUAUGGUGCCCCAUUUGAACAUAAGGGUCAUUCCCACGUACAGAAGAACAUCCUUCAGGUGGACCAGCACUGUGUCCGAAAUUCCUACGACGUCUUCUCUCUGCUGCGGCUUCAUAGAGCCCAGUGUGCAAUUAAACAGACUCAGGUAACUGUUCAGAGAAUUGGAAAGGAAAUUGAAGAAAAACUAAGACUCACAUCGACAAGCAAUGAGCUGAAAAAAGAAAGUGAAUGUCUGCGGUUAAAAAUUUUGGUGCUUCGAAACGAACUGGAAAGACAGAAGAAAGCCCUGGGCCGGGAGGUGGCCUUCCUGCAGAAGCAGCAAGUGGCUCUCCAGGACACAGGAAGCGCGUUUUCUACUGAGCAUGGCAAGCUCCAGCAUCAGAAGGAAUCCCUGGGCGAGCUGAAGAAAGAGUGUACCGCGAAAAGAGAACUCUUUCUGAAGACUAACGCUCAGCUGACGAUCCGGUGCAGGCAGCUACUCUCUGAGCUCUCCUACAUUUACCCCAUUGAUCUGAAUGAGCAUAAGGAUUAUUUUGUAUGUGGUGUCAAGUUGCCUAAUUCUGAGGACUUCCAAGCAAAAGAUGAUGGAAGCAUUGCCGUUGCCCUUGGUUACACAGCACAUUUGGUCUCCAUGAUUUCCUUUUUCCUACAAGUACCCCUCAGAUAUCCCAUCAUUCAUAAGGGGUCCAGAUCAACCAUCAAAGAUAAUAUCAACGACAAGCUGACGGAGAAGGAGCGAGAGUUUCCACUGUAUCCGAAGGGGGGAGAGAAGCUGCAGUUUGAUUACGGCGUCUACCUUCUGAACAAGAACAUAGCCCAGCUGAGAUACCAGCAUGGCCUGGGGACUCCAGACUUGAGGCAAACCCUUCCUAACCUGAAAAACUUCAUGGAGCACGGACUCAUGGUCAGGUGUGACAGACAUCACACCUCCAGCGCCAUCCCUGUUCCAAAGAGGCAGAGCUCCAUGUUUGGGGGUGCAGAUGUAGGCUUCUCUGGGGGUAUCCUUUCACCCGACAAAGGACAUCGAAAACGGGCCAGCUCAGAGAAUGAGAGACUCCAAUACAAAACCCCUCCUCCCAGCUACAAUUCGGCACUGACACAGCCCGGGGUGGCUGUGCCCACCUUGGGAGACUCUGAGAGGAAGGUCACACCGCUGUCCUCCUCCCUGGACACGUCCCUGGACUUCUCCAAAGAAAAUAAGAAAACAGGAGUAGUUCUGGGUAACAGUGUAAGUGGAGACCAUGGAAAUUCGGACUCCAGCCAGCAAGGGGAAGCCCUGCCCGGGCACCUGGCUGUGAACGGGACAGCACUGCCCAGCGAGCAGGCUGGCUCUGCCGGUGCCCUGCUGCCAGGCCCUUGCCUCCCAGCCCCCUCAGCUGAGCUCUGCUGUGCGGUGGAACAAGCAGAAGAAAUCAUCGGACUGGAAGCCACAGGCUUCACCUCAGGCGACCAGCUGGAAGCGCUCAGCUGCAUCCCCGUGGACAGCGCCGUGGCGGUGGAGUGCGACGAGCAGGUGCUGGGAGAGUUUGAGGAGUUCUCCCGGAGGAUCUACGCCCUCAGCGAAAACGUGUCCAGCUUCCGCCGGCCACGCAGGAGUUCCGAUAAGUGAGGAGAGGGGGCAGACGGCGGGACCAGGGAGAGCCCCCGCCCUCCCCCAGGCCCAAGCUGCACUUGACCUUUUUAGUAAUUCUGGACACUGGGGAUCACUGGGUACCAUGGGGCCAGUCUCUGAGAUUUGCUGUCCAGGCCUGGUGGUGGUUUCCAGGUGAGGCUCACCCUCUUGCUGACAGCUCCAGUCAUCUUACAGGCAUCUGUCUGCGCUUUAUUUACACGCGGGUGUUUCCCCCAAAAGGAAGAUGAUAAUACGUAUGUAGUAGAAUGAACUCUCCUUUAGUUUCUCAAAAGCAUUUGUCCUCGCCAUUGUUCGUAAAAGUUUGCAAAACGGAAUAUUCAGAAACAGCUUUCUGCAGCUUCCACUUCCUGAGAGGCCCACGGAUGGCCCCUUAGGCUGAUGAAUAAGAAGCAGAGGGGGGUCCUUGUCCGGGACCCUCCGCCCUGACUGCCGCAGUCAGCCUGCAGACCCCACUGGCCCACGCACCCUGAAAGCUGGGGCAGUAGAUUCGCUAGUCCAAACCAGCGGACAGGACACUCUGUCCUGUCCAGUGUGCCAUGUCCUAAUGCAAAACUUUCCCAUGGUGGAUCCCGGGGGACCCUCAGAAACCUCAAGGUCACCACAGUCAGGGGGCAGCCAGCUUCCUUUGGGGCCAAAGUUUUUAUUUGGGCAGAUGCCGUGGUCCAAAAUUGGGCACACCUCUAGCAAUACACUCCCCAGAUAAAGACCCCCUAGAUGUAAACUACAAGUUAACUUAGUACUUUUCAGUCGGCAGGAAGCCAUCAUACAUGACGACGUUACGUGGAGUCAGGAUGUCCAGUUUGCAGGGGCAAGGCAGCCGAGAGACAGUUGGAUCGAGAGACUGGAUGAAGCAUAGACAAUGUGCAAUUUCACAAUGUUAAAUUAUGUUUUUGAGAUCCAUUGCCAUUCUGAUUCCAUUUUACUGUUGCAUUACACAUCACACAUUAUGUACCCACAGACAUUGCCUCAGGGUUGCAAGCUCUUAAUGAAAAAUUUAUCCAUAUAUCCAUGUAUUGUAUAGAAUAAAAAUUGAAUUUGCUUCA